UCAUGAAUAUAUAAUAAAAAUGACAUAUUCAUUUCCAAGACAAUAACAUACUCGAAAGUAUUUUACAUUUUCUCUCUCUCUCUCUCUCUCUCUCUCUCUCUUUCUCUCUCUCUUUUAUAUUAUUUUUAGAUAUUUUUAUAAUAUCUACAAAUAUACAAAACAAUGAUUAGUUUUAGCUUUCUUAAUAUUUUUAAUUCUGUAGAUUGAUCUUUAUCGUUGGAGAAAAGAAAAUACUAUUGAACGAUAAGAAAUUUAUAUUGAAUGUACAUUAUAUAUAUAAACGAAUAAAUUCAAUGAUAGGUUAAUACAUUGAGUGCCACGUCAGUCACUGAUAAUUAAUAUUGAAACCUUCCGUUUAAGUCACUGGUGAUUAACAGUAUAAAGUAUGAUAUAAAACUAAAGAAUUUAUAUAGUUUUAAAUAAUUAUUGAAAAUUUCUUUAAAAGUCAUGUAAUUUUUAUUUAUUACAGAAUUAUUUACAUAGCUGUAUCGAAUAAAUUUCAAUUAGUAUGCUUCGUCAUUACUAUACCGCUAUACCGGCGCUAUACGGCCUGAAGGAAAUUUCUUUAAAAAAUUCCUUGACAUCCAAUUCGUUAAGUUACUGAAUAAAAUUAUUGUCCAAAGCGAUCAGUAUUGUUUCAUCAUUAAAAGAGUAGAUAUCAUUUGCCCUCUUUCAUUUAUGAAAAGAUUACUUACUUGAAUAAUAUUUCUCUUUUUUCACUUGGAUAUUUUAAUAAUAAAACAAAAUGUGGAAUAUUUUUCUCUACGCGAUCAUUGCAAUUAUUUUUUUCAUUGACAUAAAUUAUUUCUUGCGAGUAAUAUUUAUUUUCGUUUGGAGUAAAUGCAUGCAAAAAAAGGCAAAACCUAUGAACGAAACUACAAUACAUGGUAUAUGUAUUACUCAAGAUUUGGAUCUUGUAUUGUCACAUAUGAAUAAUGCAAGAUAUCUACGUGAAGUAGAUUUUGCUCGUUUUCAUUAUUUUAUUCAAACCGAAAUGUUUUAUUUGAUGAGAAAAAUGGGUGCCACUGUAGUCUUAGGUGCUUCAUCCACAAGAUAUCGACGGCCGAUUCCUUUCCUUAUGACGUACAAAAUCAUGACUAAGUUAAUUUAUUGGGACGAAAAAAGUUUAUAUUUCGAGCACAAGUUCAUCAAUCUUCGAAAUAAUUUCAUUCACACGAUCAUUUUCAGCAAGCAAACGACGAUCGGUUUGAAAAUAUCUUUGACCGAGUUCUUGAAAAAAUUUGAACCUGAAAUUCGUUUACCUGAAAUAAACGAAGAUCUCAAAUUAUGGUUAGAAUCGAUGGAAUAUAACUCUCAGAAACUCAAAAAGAAGGAUUAAAAAAAAAAAAAAAAAAAAAAAAAAAGAAUUGUUUUUUCUUCUGUUUUUAUAUUUUU